AUGACUAGUACAAUCGGCAUUCCUAUCAAGCUGCUCAACGAAGCAACCGGUCAUGUUGUUACUCUCGAGAUCACCUCCGGCCAGGUCUACCGCGGAAAGCUUAUUGAAGCCGAAGACAACAUGAACGUCCAACUUAGAGACAUCACCGUUACCGCGCGCGACGGCCGUGUCUCCCACCUCGACCAAGUGUAUAUUCGCGGCUCACACGUGCGCUUCUUCAUCGUCCCGGAUAUGUUGCGGAACGCGCCCAUGUUCAGGUCGAGAGGUACGAGGGGUAGAGGUGUGGGUUUGGCGCGUGGGAGGGCAACGGUGAACAGGGCACGUGGUCAGAGAGGUGGACGCCCGUGAGAGGAAGCCAAUAUCGCGACUUAAGAUACUAUGCGCUAUAUCAAGGCUGAAGCAGAGGGCUGCUAUGGACGAAGGGCACCUUCACCCACAUCGGAUGGUCAACACGCGAACAGCGGGGAGAUGAUGGCAUAGCCAGGGCGUUCGGCGCACUGCCAGGG